GCGUCCCACCCACAACGUCGUCAUCGAGCGAGCGACAGCCGAACCGUCUCCUGCACCGUCAGAUUUCCGUUCUUCACAAAAAGCGUCGAUCUUGGUUGCACGGCCGAUGUGUUGGUGAAUGUGCGUCGCGUCCGACCAGACGGUGCUUUAACUGGUCCGGGGGUUCCGUUCGCAGCCGGGGUGGACUCCGGGACAAGGCGCCACCAUUGAUCUGUGUUGCAAAAAAAUGGGGUGCACUUCGUCGGCAGAAGAGCGGGCCGCGCUGGCGAGGAGCAAAGCCAUCGAGAAGAACCUGAAGGAGGACGGCGCUCAAGCGGCCAAAGACAUCAAGCUCCUGCUGCUCGAAUCAUCCACGAGAGUGGGUUUACACCGGAGGACUUCAAGCAGUACCGACCAGUGGUGUACAGCAACACCAUCCAGUCGUUGGUGGCGAUUUUACGAGCGAUGCCAAAUCUCGGAAUACAGUAUGGAAAUAAUGAGCGGGAAGCUAAUCUCGAUGGCAAAAUGGUGUUCGACGUUAUCCAAAGAAUGGAGGACACGGAACCGUUUUCGGAGGAGCUGUUGGCGGCCAUGAAGCGGCUGUGGGCAGACUCAGGAGUGCAGGAGUGCUUCGGCCGCUCCAACGAGUACCAACUCAAUGAUUCUGCCAAAUAUUUCCUAGACGACCUAGACCGAUUAGGAGCCAAAGACUACCAGCCCACCGAACAAGACAUCCUGCGGACGAGGGUGAAAACCACCGGAAUCGUCGAAGUACAUUUCUCGUUUAAAAACCUCAAUUUCAAAUUAUUCGACGUAGGCGGCCAAAGGUCAGAGCGGAAAAAGUGGAUUCACUGUUUCGAGGACGUGACCGCGAUUAUUUUUUGCGUGGCCAUGAGCGAAUACGACCAAGUGCUGCACGAGGAUGAGACGACGAACCGGAUGCAAGAGAGCCUGAAGCUGUUCGACUCAAUUUGCAACAACAAAUGGUUUACGGACACCUCCAUUAUCCUUUUCCUGAACAAGAAGGACUUGUUCGAGGAGAAAAUUAGGAAAUCACCGCUCACGAUAUGUUUCCCCGAAUACACCGGUGCGCAAGAGUACGGUGAGGCGGCCGCGUACAUCCAGGCGCAAUUCGAGGCGAAAAACAAGUCGACCAACAAAGAGAUCUACUGCCAUAUGACGUGCGCCACUGAUACGCACAACAUCCAGUUCGUUUUCGACGCCGUGACAGACGUUAUCAUUGCGAACAACUUGCGCAACUGUGGCCUGUAUUAAGUUGCCGGCUUGGUCGAUUUUAUACAGGCCAUAGCUGCGCAACUUACUUACUGGCUUACCCGCUGUAGGGGGCGGGCCAGUGAGUAAGCCCAGCUCGGAUGAUCGCGUGUUACGUCCGGAGACUGUCCCGGCGUCUGCAGGCGAGCUGAGCGCGUGCGUAUCACCCCCUCUCUUCUAGCAUUUCAAUUAAACCACCAACCGUCUUUCCUGUCUGUCUGUCUGGAUGUCGCGUAAUGUGCGAGUGACUUGGAGUGGGUGAAGCGCAAAAGCCCGAGCGAAUGUGUGUUGUUGUUUCGUUUAAAGAUGUCUAGUUUAAGUAUGUUAUUUUUGUAUAUUUUAUGUGAAUUGUGCGCGAGUGCGUGCAGAAGGGCUGAAGGGCGUCAGUUUCAGUUUCGAGUUAGUUCAAUCCCAGCAACUGUGGGCGACAAAUUGCCGUUUUUCUGCACGCACUAACAAACCCGUUCCACUCAACGUCAUGCACAAUUGUCAGGGAACCAAAUCGCAUUGUUCAGUCGCGUAGCACGAAGCAUAGCAAGCGCACCCCCAUCAUUUAUAGCUGAAUUUUGAUAAAAGCAAAUGUGUACAAAACUAUCAAGCACAAAGUUGACUUUUUUCAGUUACGAGUCCUAUUUUUGUGAAUAUUUUGUACAAACGAUCAUUGUGCCAUUCGUGGAGAGGUUGCAUUUACAUUAUCAAAGGCUUGUUUGUAAAUUAUUUAUUUAAGCUAAGGUGAAAAAUUGAUGUUAUUUAUGUUCGUCUAAGGCUAGUUUAGUUAGAAUUACCAAAAAAAUUACUAUGACAGUGGCUAUUCAUAUGAUUUGUUAAGUGUACAAGGCCACAUUAUUUAUCUGUAUGGACCCAAACCUAAUUCUAAGCUCAAGUAGACAAAUGUUGGACGAUACGACCGGAGCGUCGCCUGGCGCACUCUCGUAAAACGGUUCAGUACCUUCACGGAACCACCGAUACAAACAACCUGAGACAUUAAACUAUAAUAAUAAUAUACCAUAUUAUUAUAUAAAUGUACAUAAAAGUAUAUGGCGCUUAAAUACUAAUAAUUAAAGUAGCUUCAGUCAUUUAUGUAGUAACGUAAACUAUCAUUCGCAUUGUUCUAUUGAUUAUUAAUAGUGACACGCUGGUCUUUUUGGGCCUUUUAACCAAGUGGUAAUGUGCAUUUUAUGUCAAACAUUCCGAACACGGAUACUUGAUGUUGAACCGUUGACAAGAAUCGCCGUCUUAGGAACAUUCGCAUCAACGAUUCACUGUCAACGACUGUUUCAUUCUUUGGGAAUCCCCAACACAACUCGAUCACUGUAUAGCAAGCAAAAUCAAGCUGUUUUCUAUGUCACGGUGAGACGCAAUCAUCCAUUCUAGUCGGUGAUUAUUAGUAAUGUGCGUUACCGCUUUCUUAGUUCGCUGGUGAGUUGCAAGCUCUCAUCUCUCGAGAGCCGAGCGCAAUCUUUUCGAUGUUUUAUAAGAAAAAUCGAACAUAUCAAGACAAAACAGAGGCGACUUGGCACAAAUGACUGCCUAGAUCGAUGCGGCACCAGUUGUCUAAAAACGCGGUAAACAUUGUUGUGUAUAAAUUAAAUAAAAUACAUUUGUAAGUAUUUAACGUACUGUGUUGCAUAGUAUCGAGUCAUUGGAUUUUGAUUUAUUUAAAAAUCUAGUCAAUUGUUUUUUUUUAUUUAGUUUACGCCCCCUUCCACCCGCACACUAAAUAUAUCUUUUUGUAAAUCGUUUCGAAAUCAAGUAAUGUUAUUGUAGCUUUUCGGUUAUUAGCGUUCACAAGCUAAGUUCGUCUAUUUCUUAUGUAUUUGAAUCUUUACAAAGAAACGGUAGUCCAAAGUGGACAAAAUAUCCUCUUUUGUAGACGAAAACAAGCAAAACAUACGUAAUAUAGUCGUUGAAUGUGUAAAAACCAACCGUAUACCCAUCCCAACACCAACUAAAGCAAGUGGAAGUUGCGACGAAUCAAGGCAGUGAUUUUUAUGUAUUGGUUUCUUGCCUACUUGCUUAUGUAUCUCAAGUAUCUGUAUUGCAUAUAAGUCAGGACUGCAAAAGUUUGUUUUUGAACUCCUUUAGAUAAUAAACAUGUUCAGAAUUA